AUGUUUUUUGAUUCGCGCGUCAACAAAUCGGGCAUUUUUGAGACUAAUCAGCUGUUGGGUUCGUUUAUCGGUGCAUCGAUAGGCAAGGGUAUCGAUUCAUCGGUUGUCGUGCAAUGUCGUUACGAAUUUGAGGCGCAACAACCUGAACGGAUUCAAAUUCGAUUUCAUGAUUUCAACAUACCAACUGAAAAUGAGAAUUCCACUCGCUGUGUAGAGCAGGAUGCACUGCAUCUUCUUACGGAAGUGCGGGGUAAAUACGAUACCCAAGAACUCUUCUGCGGCGCCUUUCUACCUAAGCCAUUAAUGUCUAGCGACCAACGACUGCAGCUGCAGUUUGUGGGAAAAUAUCCGCCAAAGAUGACGAAUAAAGUGCAGUACUACGGAUUUCGUGCAGAAUACAAGUUCCUUACAAACUUUGGCAUAACAUCGGGGGUUCAGCAAGGAAACGAGUGCACCUUUGUCUACAACAGCAGUGAUCGGAUUACCGGCUUAUUCCACUCUCCCAACUUCCCUGGUUACUAUCUGGAGAAUGUUGUUUGCAAUUAUUUAUUCUACGGUGCCGACGAACGCAUAGUUCUGCGUUUUACUUUCUUCGACGUCGAAGGAAUUGGCACCUGCGACCACCAAACAGCCAGUGACUAUGUGGAAUUCUCCAAUUUCAUGAGCACGGAUCGCAAGUACAGCCGACAUUGCGGCAAACUGCCUGACUUCGAAGUGCGCUCUGACAGACGAUUCUUUCGUGUUACAUUCCAUUCCAAUGAUCGAUUUGUGGCCAAUGGAUUUCGCGCUCUAUACACAUUUGAAUCCACGGCUCCUAAAAAUACUGGCGUCAAUUUGGAAUUGGGAGAAAACAGCGUUUCCAUGCAAAGUUAUGUAGCUAAUAGAUCGCAUCAUUUGGUUAUUAUUCAUUAUUUAUUAUUAACAAUUGUAACUGUAGUAUACGCAAUGUAGAAAAAUUUAACAUGCAUUUCAAUAAUUAAUUAAAAUCAA